GCGCCAUUAGGACAGUUUGCGCUAGUUUUGAAAUGGCCUGCCCGCUGAUUAUUAACAAGAAUUCUGUUAAGUCUUUGGCUGCUUGGUGGCUUUCGAACGAAUCGUCUUUAAAUUAUGUGGGACUUACCCCAAAGAGUGGGCGUGGGAAGGUGUACAUUGAUAUGCACAGUCCUGGCAUAAUUGUUGGAAUGCCAUUUGUAGAUGCUAUUUUGAAAGAGAGUAGUUGUGAAAUUGAGUGGCAUGUGUGCGAAGGUCAAGUAGUGAAAACAUGCCCAACAAGGGUGGCUACGGUUACUGGAGCGAACGAAGAUAUAUUCUUUUGCGAAAACCUAGUGCUCUCAGUUCUGUCGAGAGCCAGUGGCAUAGCAUCUCUGGCAAGCAGAAUCCAGACAGUUUUACAUGAAAUUUCAUGGCCUGGGACCAUGUAUAUGCCUGACAGGAGGACUCCAGGCUUUGGUCUUGUUGAGGAGUAUGCGAUGAUGACGUCAGGAGUCUCGGAAAGAAGACCAUCUGUCAGUGUUCGGUGUCAAGACACAAGUGCUGAAAACCUUAAAACAGCUAUAGACAAAGUUCGUUCCAGAGUUGGUUCCAUUCCAGUUCAUGUAGCUUGUUCCAAACUGAAUGAAGCUCUUCUGGCCGCUGGAGCUGGGGCAGAUAUUUUGCUUACUGGUUUAGAUGAUAAGGACGUUACAGAGAUCGCGACGCAAGUGAAGGGGAAAUAUCCUAAGGUUCAGGUAAUAGUGAGUGGUGUUUUCGACGAAUCGGAUAUCAGAUUGUGUGCAUCGCGUCACGUGGAUCUUUUGACUUCCUUAAAACUGUGCAAUGGUUAUGCCUGCAUUGACUUCCAGAUGACAUACCUGGAGGGUAUACCAACUAAGGAAAUACAGCCAGAAGACUGUGCAGUUCUGCCAGAUGAAAUUGAAUCGCCUACUCCUCCAAAACCAAAAUCACCAGGCCCCCAACCCACUGAGGAAGUGGAUAGCUCAAUAUCUGCGCCACUAAAGAAGUCUCGCUUAGUCGUUGACGAGGGGAAUAUCCCUAAGUCAACUAAGCUCAAUGGUACUCCAACCCGCAAUACCAAUCCAACGGCAUCAGAUGCGAAUUGGUCCAAUGCAGCUAGUGCACAAAAUCAGAAGCGUUCUCAGCGAGUCCUUCGACAUCCUCAGUACACACCACCUCAAAGAACAAAUGUUCCACGAUCACAAUCGCCCAGUGGCAUGCAGUUUUUCAAUAUGGCGAACCCACGACUCAUACCCCCAACGUCCGCAGCUUCAAGAACGCCAGCUAUGCUGUUACAAUCAGGAUUAAACCUCAAUAAUCAAAUAUCGGGAGUAUUACAUCCACCUAACAACCAACAGAAUGUCGGCAUGCGAUUCCCCAUUGUGGCACCACAAUUACAACAACCCCCACAGUCAAUGUCACAGCGUAUGCCGACAAACCCGACAAAUGUGCUGAAUUCAAACCAACCAAUAGCUGGGGGAUUUCUAAAUCACAUUCAGCCACCAUGUCAUAACACCCAACCUCAAAAUUGGCAAAUGACUCAAGGUGGAGCUAGUGGACAUCCAAUGGGUGGAUUAAAUUUAGGGAUGCGUGUGGGUAAUCCAGGAGGGCAGAAUAUGAACACCUGUCGGUAAGUAAUUGGUCAAAUUUAUUCCAAGUGUUUAACUAUCUGCUGCUGCUGGAUUCAACAUAGAACUUGGCACCGAAGUGCAGCAGUUCGAGUUGCCACGUUCCAACUAGCACACAACUAUCACCAGGACUGUCACACGUAGAACUGUGAAAUGGUUUUUCAGAGGGUUAUACUUGCGGAAUUCUUUGCAGUAGUAAUCCGCGACUCUACAGAGACAAGUUUAGGGAGAAUAUAAGCUUAUGUACCAAUGGGUGACCCAUCUAGAUAGCCUUCUGAACGAUUGAAAUACUCAAUAUCUCGAUGGGCCCAUUUUACCUACAUUUUUACGAUAGCUUUCGUAUAAAUAGAACGAUAAAGCGAGAUUCCGAACCAGAUGUUGAAGUACGAAAUCUUGCACCUAUUAGUUUAUAAACAGAACCGUAAGUGGAAUAGCGUGACUGCUCUUUGGUAUCUUCUCUAUGCAAUCCUUUCUGUUGUUAACUUUCACUUAUUAUAGCUUCCCUACAUCUGUUUCUUAUCCUCGUGUGUGCGUGACAAUCGCAUCACAGUAAUCAAACAACUUCCGACACCAGUACUUAUGCCGAUUUUCUCCACUGUAACAGGUGCCAGGAUUUUUCCAGUAUCGUUAUCACUCCCCUGACUGCCACAUUUUCGAACUUAUCAGUGAUUUUAUGAGUCAAGCUUGUACUGAGAUGCUUGGAAUAUCCCGUAAAUAAUGCUGUCACUAGUGGAUAUAUCAUGCAAAUAGCGUACACCAAACUAUUUCUGUUUUUCGCUUGAAUUAUUGACCUACGCUAGCCAAAACUCAUAUCCACUUAUUCACGCAUUUCUUCUCUAUAGAUCAUGUGGAACUCCGAAUCCU